UUGUCAACAAGCGGGUCAAGGUUAUUAAAAGGUGCACCGUGCUAUCACAGGCUCUUUGUUCUCUCCGUGAACAAUUAGAUUCACGACACCACCCGCGACGACGGCGACGAUGACGUUUUGUAGGCCGCCUCCACGUCGACUUGACGUGGCCAGACGACGUGCCGUCCGAUUAUCACCCUCGCGCGACACCGCAACCGCACUCCGCGCGGCCGCGAGCGUUGACACUUCGCGACGAGACGAAACGAACGAUUAUCCUGCGCACAGCUGCUCCGGAUGCGACGAUGCUCCAAAAUGGCUCGUGAUGAGUCGCGAGACUCGCGAGCCCUGCCUGCGCGAUCUGGGACUACGUGAACGCACGAGAGAGGAUCACGCCAGUGUGUCACAUCUUCGGAUCGAUGAUGUUCGGCUGAUGCUUGUUUACGCUCGAGCACUUUACACGAAUCUACAAAAGUUUUCUGCGUUCAAGUUCGUUUUAUUUCUCGUCACGGUCUUUCCUGUUGUUGUCUCGCUGAGGUUCUCCUGGGUUCUUCUCCGUUGCACAUCACUGUCCGACAUAGGUGUAGUGGAAACCGCCGCAACCGAGAUUCCUAAUAUGGCUAGUGAGAAGAAGUCAACGAAGACGUCGUCAAAAAGAGAGAAAAGUGCGGAGGAUAUACUGACGGAGUUUCAGUCGCUUCGGGGUGAGCAGCGGAUGCUGGCAAGCAAAUUGUCCGAGAUGGAGAUGGAGUUAAACGAACACAAAAUUGUUAUCGACACAUUAAAGAAUGUGGAUCCAAAGAGGAAGUGCUACAGGAUGAUCGGUGGGCUUCUGUGCGAGCGCACAGUGGAGGAUGUGAUGCCUGCUCUGGUGACGAAUAAAGAACAGUUGAUGAAAGUGAUAGACGCUCUGAAUGACCAGGUGACAAAGAAGGGAAUUGAGAUAAACGAGUACAAGGAGAAGCACAAUAUCAGAAUUAGAGGGCAGGAUGAUUUGCAGCAGCAAGAAGAAGACAACAACAAUAAGGAAGACAAGAGGAAGGCAAUUGUUGUGAAUCCCAUUGAUAUUUAAGCAUAAUAAAUAUAAGCAUUUUUUUAAAUAUUAUGAAUUAAGGUAUAUUGUGAGAUGUAUGUGGAGUUCAGGUUUGAAAGGUAACUUUUGUGUUGAGCGCAUUUUUAAAUUAGCUAUCAUGUUUAUUAUGCAAUCCUGAUGUAUGCUUGGUACUUUGCAAUACUAGGCUCUACAAGUGCAUUUUAUAAAAAAAAAGAAUAGUUUGUAGGUGGACAUCCUACAAAAAUUUGACACAAUUCUGUAAUGAGGUCACAUGUAUCUCUGCAUCAAAAAUAAUAAUGUAACGUUCGUAUA